UGCAUCAGAGUCCACUUCCGGUACGUGUGUUUACAUUUGCGAAGCUUCAUCACUCCUCCUCGUGAGCUCAUGUCGUAAUUCCUCACCAGAUCCCCCGGAGUUACAGGAUGUCAACGUUUUUCAGAAACCACUCGUUGCUGUUCGGAGGGUUGGGGGCGGGAAUCAUUAUCGGCGUAGGAGGGUCCGUGAUUUAUUUUCGUUUAGCAACCAAUGUCGACAGAGAGCUACGACUUCUAUCGGAGUCCAUUGCGUCUCUGCAGAAGGAGGUGGUGGAAUUAAAAGAAAAGCUAGCCACGCGUAGAAAGAGAAGCCCGGCCUUUCAUUCCAGCACUGCCUCCAGCAGUGGAGAGACAGACGACGAAGCUUAUGAAGACGCGUAUGGAGGGUCUGACUAUGAGUUCCAUAACUUUCUGGACCUCCAGACAGAAAUCCACACGCAGAUGAACGCAAAAAUUGGCCGGGAUGAAGAAGAAAAGAAGGACGAUGAGACAAACACUUUCUUCACAGAUGUAGACAAACUGUUCGAUGGAACUGAUGAUGAUAAAUUAAGAAAUUAUGAAAUGCUGCUAAAUAAUAAAGAAAAGUUUACCAAUGAUGUUGAGUAUUGGUGGAGGUUAGCCAAGAGCACCUACCAAGUCUCGCAGAUUGAGGGGGGUCGGGGGAAUCAGAAGAAGAAGAAACAGCUGGUGUACGCCUCCAAAGACCUGUCUCAGAAAGCUGUCGCCAUGGAUGAGAAAUGUGCUAAUGCUCAUAAAUGGUUUGCCAUCACAUUAGGAAGUAUUGGUGAUUAUGAGUCUACUCAGGAGAAGAUCAAGAACGGUUACGUAUUCAAGGAACACAUUGAACGUGCAAUACAGCUCAAUCCAUCGGAUCCGUCCAAUCAUCACUUGCUGGGCAGGUGGUGUUACGGGGUUUACAUGCUUUCCUGGAUAGAAAGGAAGGCAGCAGCCACACUUUUUGCUGCACCCCCAACGUCAACAGCAGAGGAAGCACUCUCUCACUUCCUGGAGGCUGAUGGUUUGAACCCUGGCAAAUGGAAAGAAAAUUUACUGUAUAUUGGAAAGUGCUAUUACCAGAUGUCAAAAUACAAAGAAAUGACGGACUGGUUAGACAAAGCGAUGUCAGUUCCUGUCAUUAGUCAAGAUGACAAAAAAGCUGAAGAAGAAAUCCAAUCAUUAAUGAAGUACCAAGUUAGAUAAAGAUUUUUUUCUUUUUGUAAACUCGUACACCAGGUAGACAAGGGGACCACUCACUGUUGUGAAUUUCUUUGUGUUGUGUUUUAUUGUGAUAGAUCAGAUUCUUUUUGUUUCUUUUUUGGACUAAUUUUGGAAUUUUUAGAUUUUUGAAAACUUUUUUCAUACACAAACCUAAAUGACAAUCAAAAAUGCCAAUGUAAUUUCAAAGGCUUGGUUUUACAAGUGUUUUUGAAAUUGUUUUCCACACACCGUGAAAUUACACAGGCAACAUGCAUUGCAAUCCCACUACAUAACAAGGUUCUAAUUUUGGGGGAGAGAAUCUAGUAAGUCCAUCAGCAAUUAGACAUAGUAUACAACAAAGUAAAUAUAAAGUAGAAUAUACAAACCCAAAAAUAGUAUCCAGAACGCAUACAAAUCAUGUGUUGCCUAGAGUUUUCACAACCAACAGACUGUCCUUGUUUAUGCACAGUAUAUGCAGACUGUAAAAUUGCAUAUUUAUAUUUUCUUUCUCUUCAGUACAAGACUAUUCAGUUCACAGAGAAUAUUAUUAUUAUAUAUAUUAUUAAUAUUACCACUGUUUAGCAUUCACAUCUUACAGGAACAUGAUAUUUAUUGGAGUGAUUUGUUUUCUUGUUUUGACUGAGUUUUCAGAUCAGGGUACAUAACAGUUACUGUGUUUCUAAUCAAUGUUAAUAUACUUGCUGUAAAAUCACUUGAUUUUCAUGGGGGAAAAUUUUUGUGGUUUGGGGAAAAAUAAGCAUGUUCGUGGUAAAUUGAUUUGGUUUUCAGUAUUAAUCUUUAUCGUAGUUCAGCAUUUCUUUCAUAAGGAGGCUUUGAUUUCAUGUGAAUGGUUAUACCAUGAAAACAACAAAAAUAAUAACCCCAUGAAAAUUGAAGAAUAUACAGUAUUUGAUUUAAUCAAUGUAUCUAAAAUUUCCUUGCAGGUUUUGUAUUUCCUUGUGCCAUGGUUAUAAAAUCUAAUCUGUUUCAUUGAAACUAAGCAUAAUAAUAUUAAGUGCUAUUUGUUUAAAUAUGACUAGAGAUAUCUUUGCUAGCUAAGGGUUUUUCGUCUACUCAGCUCAACGGAAGACCAUUGGCAAGAAAAGAUGGACUAGAGAUAUCUUGGGGACAACUGAUUUCAUGUGUGGGAGUUCAUUCGUAAUCAAAAUGAAUGCAGCGCUGCCAUUACAGUUCAUGCAUUCCCUUCAUUUGUAGCUCAUAUAUCAUAAGUCAGCCUUCUGAUCAAUGUCUGCCAUUUUUUUUCUGUCUGUUAACUUUCCAUAUUUUUUUUUUUUUUGACUUCUUCUCAAGAACCACUUGGUCAGUUUUCACCAUACUUUGCACAACAAAACAUCUUUGGAUGAAGGGGAUUAAAGUCUGUUUAAAUGAAGAAUAACAUUUCCUUCCUAAUCCAACACUUACAAGAACAAAAGUCACGACAUAAAUACUGAUGAUUGAAGUUUUUAUUAGUCAUAGCACCCUGGGAUGGAGCCUCUAUAGAGAAAUUCAGAUUUGAUCAGACAAUGACUCCCAUGGCUAAGAUGGGGUUACAAUAGGGGUUUUAAACAGGAAGGUUGGGGAAUAUUUUUAAACUCUUCUUCUUAGGAACAAAAAGGGUACGAUUUGUCAACUUUAAAAUUUGCAAACAUUCUCAAAUGGUGUAGAUUUAAGUUUGUUUACCAUAGUUACCAUCUCAUUCCCAUUGUGUGUGUCACAUUUUGUCAGUUUCUGAUUAUAUUAUUCCUGUACAAGUGUCCAUUGUGCAUGUAAGAAAAACUCCCCAGAAUGGAAGUGUACUAACACAAUGUACGCAUCAUAGUGAGAUAUUGUAUUGCAUGUGCGGAUAAAAAAUAUCUCACUAUGAUGCGUACAUUGUGUUAGUACAUUACAAUUACAUAUAGUUUCUAUGCGCUGUAAAGAAAAGUUAUUAUGAUUUGAAUAUGCUACGGUGUGUAUUGAAUGUGCAGAUUAAAAAUAUCUCACUAUGAUGCGUACAUUGUGUUUGUGUGUGACAUUAUAAUUCAGGUUCAUUAUACCGCCCGCAACAAGUUGUGGGGGGUGGGGGGGGGGGGGUAUACUGGAAUCGGGUUGUCCGUCUGUCCGUCCGUCCGUCUGUAGACGCAAUGGUUUCCGGACUCUAAAGCAUUAUCCUUUCCACCUACCGUCACCAUAUCAUAUAUAUGGACUACCCAUGGGAUGAAGAUGUUCCCUAUCGAUUUUGGGGUCCAAAGGUCAAGCGCACUGGACAUCAAAGUAGCAAUAUGGUUUCCGGGCUCUAAAGCGUUAUCCUUUCCACCUACAGUCACCAUAUCAUACAUAUGGACUACCCAUGGGAUGAAGAUGUUCCCUAUCAAUUUUGGAGUCAAAAGGUCAAAGGUCAAGCGCACUGGACAUCGAAGUAGCAAUAUGGUUUCCGGGCUCUAAAGCGUUAUACUUUCCACCUACAGUCACCAUAUCAUACAUAUGGACUACCCAUGGGAUGAAGAUGUUCUCUAUUGAUUUUGGGGUCAAAAGGUCAAGUGCACUGGACAUCGAAGUAGCAAUAUGGUUUCCGGGCUCUAAAGCGUUAUCCUUUCCACCUAAAGUCACCAUAUCAUACAUAUGGACUACCCAUGGGAUGAAGAUGUUCCCUAUUGAUUUUGGGGUCAAAAGGUCAAAGGUCACGUGCACUGGACAUCAAAGUAGCAAUAUGGUUUCUAGGCUCUAAAGCGUUAUCCUUUCCACCUACAGUCACCAUAUCAUACAUAUGGACUACCCAUGGGAUGAAGAUGUUCCCUAUUAAUUUUGGGGUCAAAGGUCAUGCACACUGGACAUCGAAGUAGCAAUAUGGUUUCUAGGCUCUAAAGCGUUAUCCUUUCCACCUACAAUCACCAUAUCAUACAUAUGGACUACCCAAGGGAUGAAUAUAUUCCCUAUCGAUUUUGGGGUCAAAAGGUCAAAGGUCACGCGCACUGGACAUCAAAGUAGCAAUAUGGUUUCCGGGCUCUAAAGCGUUAUCCUUUCCACCUACAGUCACCAUAUCAUACAUAUGGACUACCCAUGGGAUGAAAAUGUUCCCUAUCGAUUUUGGGGUCAAAAGGUCAAAGGUCAAGUGCACUGGACAUCGAAGUAGCAAUAUGGUUAGGUUUGUCAUGCCAUUUGUUUUUUACACUCAGAAAAGAGGUAGUUUAUACCUAUUACCAACACCCUUUGGGAGAUUGGGGUAAGCGGGGGGUAUUCUUAGUGAGCAUUGCUCACAGUACCUCUUGUUUCCCUUACUUAUAAUGUUCCCCUAUGUAAAUAUUAGUUUGGCUUGACACUUGCACCUUGUAUGUGUUCAAGUAGAAAAAGACAACCAUACAAAGUUCAUUCUGUCAAUUUUAAUCAAAUUGUGAGUAAUUAACAUAUACGUGAUGUCACACAUGUAAUUAAAUGUAUAAUUGGUACAUUGUUAUCAAGUUUUUGUAUCUUCAUCUUGUGAGAAAACACUUUUUUCUACUCUUACCUGAUAUCUAUAGGGCUGAAAUACCUACACUGUGAUCAGUGGCCCCAGGGUAGGGUAGCAAUAGAUGAUUCACAGUGACAAAUACAACUGCUCAGGUGAACAAUGUAGACCACUGGCCUCUUGGAUAUACAUUUAUGAUGCAUUGAUAAAACAUUUUGUAUACCAUAAUUUGUAUGAUGUUUUAUACACAGUAAUUCUCAAAGAAUAGUACUGUUGCAUGAUAAUUAUUGUGAUCAUGAAUUCAUAAAGUCAAUGCGUUAUUGACAUAUUGCAUCAUUUGUUUUGUUAAACAUUUACAGUGAGCUCUGUGAUUUUUAGAGUAAUUAAAAACAAAAAGUAUUCUGUGAA